AUGUAUCGCCAAAUCGUGGUUGCUGCGAUGCAUCAGCCACUCCAACGCAUUUUCUGGAGAGAUAGUCCCGAGCAGCCUCUAAAAGUAUAUCAGUUGACCACCGUGACCUACGGUACAGCGAGUGCGCCUUUCCUUGCAACUCGCUGCUUAGUUCAGUUGGCUGAAGAUGGUCAUUCCGAAUACCCCCUGGGAGCAUCUACCGUUAAGGAAGAUUUUUACGUCGACGACGUGUUGUCUGGCGACGAUACGUUGGGAGCAGCGAUUGAACGACAGAAGCAGGUGAAGGAAUUGCUUGCUGGUGCUGGUUUCCCCAUCCAUAAGUGGUGUUCUAACUCUGACCUGAUGUUGGAGCACAUUCCAGAAAGCGAGCGUGAAAGUCCCAAGGCGCUCGAAGAACAAGGUAUCAACACGGUCAUUAAGGUGCUUGGUAUUUUGUGGGACCCUCGAAGCGAUGAUUUCCUGUUCUCUAUCAAAUCUCCAAAUUUCGAUGCUGAAUCCGAAUCCAACACGAAGCGAAGCAUAUUGUCCGAAAUUGCUAAGCUCUAUGACCCUCUCGGAUUCUUGGCACCCGUGAUUGUUCUGGCCAAGUUACUUAUGCAACAGCUGUGGCGUAGCAAGGUGGGCUGGGACGAGCCUGUCGAAGUAGAAAUAGCUGUACAGUGGGCACAGUUGAAGGCGUCACUCGAAGCAACAAACAGGAUGCGCAUCCCAAGGCGUGUUCUAAUUGACGGAGCAGUGUGCUACGAGCUUCAUGGGUUUGCUGAUGCUUCGAUGUCUGCCUAUGGAGCGUGUAUCUUCAUUCGAAGCGUAAUGGACGAGUCGGCGCAGUUACAACUCUUGUGCAGCAAGUCGAAAGUGGCACCUUUGAAGGCGAUUACGAUUCCGCGACUGGAAUUGUGCGCUGCACUUUUGCUGGCGCGACUGGUGAAUAAGGUGCUGCUUUCAAUCCAAAUGCCGUUUCAUCGUGUGGUGCUCUGGUCGGACAGCCAAAUUGUUCUGGCCUGGUUGCGCAAAUCCCCUGAUCAGCUUCAAGUGUUCGUGCGCAAUCGUGUGGCUGCAAUCCGAGAAGAAACAUCGGAUUUCGAGUGGAUGUACGUCCGCUCGGAGUUCAAUCCGGCUGAUAUAGUGUCGCGUGGGCAGAUGCCCAACGAAUUAGUGAAGAAUGAGAUGUGGUGGCAUGGACCAGACUUUUUGAGUGCAGUGAACUUUGAAAACAAGCCACCCGAAGAGAUCAGUGAAGAAGACAUUCCGGAGCUGCGUGCAACUCCAACAGUGCUACCUGCAAUUGAAAAAGAAGAACAGUUGAAAGUGUUUUCAAAGUACAGCUCGUUCAGAAAGCUACUACGAGUUAUUGCGCUGGUGCUGCGUUUCGCCAGCAACUGCAAGAAGAAGGAUUCAGCUUCACGAGUGCAUAAGACAAUUCCUACCGUGGCUGAACUAAGUUAA